AUGAAUGCAGAUCUCGAAGUCUUUCCCUGGGCGAAGCAGUACUCUGAAGAAUUCCGGACGUUGCAGCGGCUGAUGAGCCUUCCGCGUGAGGGCGAAUGGUUAGAUGUUGUAUCUCUUGCGGAGGAGGUUGCAUCAUUUGGGCCAGACCGUGCACUAUGUGUCGAUCUAAGAGGUAACAUUGGCCAUCAGAGGGCGCGUAUCAAAGCCAAGUAUUCAAAACUCUCAGGCCACAUCACUGUGCAGGAUUUGGAGGAGAGCGUCAAGGCAGCUCCAUCCAUUGCGGGCGUGGAGUUCAUGGUCCACAACUUCUUCAAUCCACAACCAGUCAAAGGAGCCCCAAUCUACUACCUUGGCAGAAUCCUGCACGACUGGCCGGAUGAAAAGGCAGUGGAGAUCCUCAAAGAUCUCAUUCCCGCUAUGGACGCGGACUCCCGGGUUCUGAUUAAUGACAUGGCACUGCCAUACACAGGCGUACACUGGUGGGUGGCCUGUGUGGAUCUGCAGAUGUAUACUAUGCAUGGCGCAUUGGAGCGGAAUGUUGAUUAG